AUGGCUGCACUCCAUUUAUAUUUAUGGAUUCUAGCCGCUUUCUUUCAGUCUCCCGAAGGGAAGCUGAACAGGAUGACUUGGCGCGCGCCUCCUGAUGAUCCUCACGUACGACGCUUACAGCAGAGUGGCACCCAGACAGAUUACCACGUGACCGUGCGAGUGGUGAAGCAAGAUGCUUUUGGGCCCGAGCCUGCGAGGGUGGAUGUUGCCUUUGUGCCGCCUGGCCACGCUGAGAGUGAGCUGAUGACGGUGUCCUUCCCUGGCACCAACGGUAAUGCUGGCACAAAAAUGCCCAUGGGUCUGCAGCAUGGCGCAUAUGUGAACAUCACAGGGUACCGGGAGACGGACUCUACACAUGCUGAAGAACUCAAGGCGGGGAUGAAAGAUCAAGCCCUGGCGACCGGCUUAGCUUCUGCAAAAAAAGAUCAGCGAGGAGUGUUUGUAGCGCAAAUGCUGGAAUACGAAAGAGACGCCGGAGAGCUGGGUGGACGCAGGCUGACAGGUAAUGCUGCUUCGCAGAACACAGCAGUGGUGGUUCUGUAUGAGCCAUGUGGAAAUAGCCUGCAGGAGGACAUCACCAAGGACCGUUUGGAGAGUGCGUUCUUUUCCAGCGGCGCUGGCUCAUUUCAGCAGGUCAUUGGAGUUUGUUCGCGAGGCACAGUGAGCUUUACAGGCUCUGUGGUUGGACCCAUCACUGGAUGCCCGGAUUCCAAUGACGCUUGGGCCACGUACCAAGCAAUCCAGUCCCAGCUCCGUGGCACAGAUGAAUGGGACCAGAACUACUUCAAAGUGAUGAUCCUUCCAUCCUCAUGGCUCUCAGCUAUUGGCCUGGGCACAGUGGGUGGAAGCCUUAGCUGGUACCGAGACACCUAUGUGAAGCACCCUGCAAUGUUUCUGCACGAGAUCGGACACAAUUGGAAACUUCACCAUGCAGGAGGAGCUUUUGUUAGCCAGGAAUAUUCUGACACCAGCUCUGCUAUGGGAUAUUGCUGUUCAACCAGAUGCUACAACUUCCUGCAUUCCUGGCAGUUGGGCUUUGCGCACUUUGCGGAGGACGAACUGUCCCUGACGGAUGUCGCCACAAAGUCCUCAUCGACAGCUUUGACACUUAAAGCCCUAGGUACUGAUACGGAGAGUGGCGUGAAGAUUCACAUCGACUCAUCGUCCUCUGGCAGAAGGUUAUCUGUGCCCGCCUUCUUGGUCUUAUCCUGGCGAGCAAAGAGAGGUACAGAUGAAUACCUUCAAGGCACUUCAUAUGGAGACAAAGUGCAAGUUCAUCACUGGGACGGUGAUAGCAGGACUGAUGCUAGCAUCACACAUUUGCUUCACAACGUCGACAAGGGGUCCACCAUUCUCAUCAAAGACACAGAUCGGUCGGGGGAGAGGAUCUUGACCGACCUCAAAAUGACUGUAAAGGGGGUUAAAUCCCAAACCACCGAUACCGUGGAUAUUUUGCUUUGCAAGAGACUAAGCACAGAAAGUAGUUCCACCGCAGAGGCCGACUUGACUCCUUGCACCGAAGUUAUUGUGGAAACCACGGCAACGACCAGUACCAAAACGACCACCACAGCUGACUCCACCACAGCUGACUCCACCACCCGAGGUAUUUCAUUUACUGCUACCACGUCUACCCCGGGCACUGGUACAACAACAACCUUGGAAAACCCUGGUGGUCCUUGGUCGGCCUAUUUCAGUGACGAAACGGGCUCCAAAGGUGUUGCACCUGGUACCGGCCUGGUGGGACUUGGCUGUUCUGGCGAGUUUUGUGGCUCCAUCAGGCUGAGCCACCGAGCUGAUGUGCAGCUCAGCAGCCAGAGUGUGACCAUUCAUCAGUUGGACGCGGACGUGGGUGAUUUGAUGUGCCAGUCUGGUCAAGUAGCAACCCAGGUCACAUGCAUCGGCAGCAGUUGCAGUUCCAUCCGUUUGCACUGCGCCACUCCACUGGCAGGUCGCGUGAGCCUUGACCUUUUGGAACGGCUUUGGUUUCCUAGCGAACUGCAUGGGACGGAGGACAGUUACUGCCACGGGGAUGAUGUUGUGGUUGGCGUCUACUGUGGUGGAGCGAACUGUAUGACCAAAAAGCUUGUGUGUGCGACCUACAUCGCAGAUGACGAGUGUGUCCCCAGCUGUGACAUUUUGGGCUUGGAAUGCGGCGAUGAUGGCUGUGGCGGGUCUUGCGGAACCUGCUCCUCAGAGGACUCAUCCUUGACCCCAAUGUGUCGUGGGGAUGUCGGCCGUUGCGUCUACUUCGUAGCAGCAGACUGGGUCAAUGAAGACAAGUCCAUGACUGCCACGAAUCUGGUCUCAACUGGCAUGGGCUGUUCUGACGACUACUGCGGCAAUGUCCGGCUGAUACAAAUGAAUGUUUUCGUGGAUGCAGCCACUGCAGAGAAGUCGGACUGGAUCUCAGACAACACCGGCCACCGCUGGUUUUGGAACAGCGGGACGGCGGCUUCAGACCAGGCGGCGGAUUGCCCCGAUGGCAUGGCAGUGAGCUAUCUGAAGUGCGAUGGCAGGCAUUGCGACAACUUGCGGCUGCAUUGCGGGAAGCCUUUGCAGUGGCAGGUGGAAAUGACGGAGGAUCCGGUAGUGACCGACUGGUUCAGUGAAGAGCAGGGUCGCAUGGAUUGCCCUGAUGGAAAGGUCGUGACCGGGGUCGAGUGCCAGGACUCCAAGAAAUGGUGCUUCACGAAUUGCCGCAGCUAUUGCGACAACAAACGUCUUCGCUGUCGGUCGAUUAAGCCAGAGAUGGCAGGAGCCGCCAGUUGA